AUGAAGCCAGACUGCUCACCGCCCCACACCUUCUCAGCGGCAGCACCCAACACCAGGAUGCGGAAGAUGAACAGCACUGUCAGCCAGACUUUGCCCACCACGGUGGAGUGUUCCUGGGCACUCUCCAGCAGGAGCAGAGUUUCUGUUGGAUCCAGGCCCCCCAUAGUCGACACGAAGCCUCGACACGAAGCAGUCCACCGUGUUAGGACAGGGAGUAAGUUUGACAACCUGUACGGCUGCAGGGAGAGUCUGAUCGACGGCAUCAAGAGAGCCACUGAUGUGAUGAUUGCCGGUAAAGUUGUCGUGGUGGCGGGCUACGGCGACGUGGGGAAAGGCGGCGUCCAGGCUCUGCGUGGGUUCGGAGCUCGCGUCAUCGUCACCGAGAUCGACCCCAUCAACGCGCUGCAGGCCGCCAUGGAAGGGUACGAGGUCACCACCAUGGAAGAGGCGUCUAAGGAAGGAAACAUCUUCGUCACCACCACCGGCUGUGAGGACAUCAUCGUGGGACAUCACUUUGAGAACAUGAAGGACGACGCCAUCGUGUGUAACAUCGGACACUUUGACUGUGAGAUCGACAUGAGCUGGCUCAUCAAACACGCUGCGGAGAAGAUCAACAUCAAGCCGCAGGUCGAUCGCUAUCGUAUGAAGAGCGGCCGUCACAUCAUCAUCCUGGCCGAGGGCAGACUGGUCAACCUGGGCUGUGCCAUGGGACACCCCUCCUUCGUCAUGAGCAACUCCUUCACCAAUCAGGUUCUGGCUCAGAUCGAGUUGUGGAAGAACACGGACAAAUAUCCCCUCGGAGUCCACUUCCUGCCCAAGAAGUUGGAUGAGCAGGUGGCAGCCGCCCACCUGGACAAACUGGGGGUGAAGCUGACGAAGCUGACAGACAAGCAGGCCAAGUACCUGGGUCUGCCCAGCGAGGGGCCCUUCAAACCAGACCACUAUCGCUACUGAGCGUCCAGUCCAGCUGGGGAAGAGGAGGAGGA